ACAUUUAAAUUCACCCUCACCUCACAAAAAACCCAAACAACGCAAUCUUUCUUUCUUUUUUCUCUUCAUUUUUUGAUAUUCAAGAUUUGAAAUCGAAAUUCAAAAAAUGGUUUCAAAGACAAAGAAGAAAGCCUCAACCAAAUCAAUCAAAGACAUUAACCGCCGCCGUUGGCGUCGAAAAACUCCGAUAAAGAACGUCGUCGCAGCUUCCUCCGCCGUUCUUUCUUCCAUCCACCGCCGCAUUUCAAAGCUUCUCACCAAACUGGGACUCACUCGUCUCAGUUCUUCAAAUCGGAAACGAAACAGCUACAAAAUCCUCAAGAAAUCAGCACAUUUCAACUUUCAACAACAAGACACCGUUUGCAAAACCCUGCUUUUCGAAGAUAGCGUCGAAAAUUCUCUUCUUCCACCUUCAAUAUCAAAUCGGAAAACCAUUUUUCUUGAUUUAGAUGAAACUUUGGUUCAUUCAAAAACUUCACCACCGCCGGAGAAAUUCGAUUUUGUUGUCCGGCCGGUGAUUGACGGUGAACCGAUGGAUUUCUACGUGCGGAAGCGACCGGGGAUUGACGAACUGUUGGAAGCGUUAGCGUUGAAAUAUGAGGUGGUGGUUUUUACAGCUGCGUUGAAGGAGUAUGCGAGUUUGGUUGUGGACCGGCUGGACCGGAAUGGGUUUAUUUCGCAUCGGCUUUAUAGGGAUUCGUGUAGGAAUGUUGAUGGGAAGCUUGUGAAAGAUUUGGGUUUUGUGGGAAGAGAUUUGAAGAAGGUUGUUAUUGUUGAUGAUAAUCCAGUUUCGUUUUCGAAUCAACCUGCAAAUGCGAUUUUGAUUAAGCCUUUUGUUGAUGAUGCUUGUGAUCGUGAGCUUUGGAAAUUGAGAGGCUUUUUUGAUGGGUGUGAUUGUUUUGAUGAUAUGAGAGAUGCAGUUAAACACUAUGCUGCUGAGAAAGAACGUCGCUCGUGUUCAAAUAUGAUCAAAGGCGUGUCUGGUGUGUGACACCGGUGCUUUAUAGAUUCUUUUGUUUUGUAAGUUCUUGUAUGAAAAUUGUGAAAGAUUGAAGUUGUUGAACAUUGAAUUGUUCAAUUGUUUAGUGAUGAAAGAUAAAA